GUCCCAUCGGCCCUUGCGCUCCUCCUCUUUUUCGCUCUCUUCAUCGGCGACGCUUUUGGGGAGGUAGCCAUUCUAUCGUCGACGCCAUGCCCGCCCUCAGGCCCCUCGUCAAACCCAAGAUCGUCAAGAAGAGAACUAAGAAGUUUAUCCGCCACCAGUCAGAUCGUUAUGUCAAGAUCAGGCGCAACUGGCGUAAGCCAAGAGGCAUUGACAACAGAGUGCGCAGGCGGUUCAAGGGCCAGAUUUUGAUGCCCAACAUUGGUUAUGGCAGCAAUAAGAAGACCAAGCACAUGCUGCCCUCGGGAUUCAAAAAGUUUUUGGUGCAUAAUACCAAAGAGCUGGAAGUGCUUUUAAUGUGCAACAAAACUUACUGUGCCGAGAUUGCUCACAAUGUUUCCUCCAAGAGUCGUAAAGUAAUUGUGGAGAGAGCAGCCCAGCUGGCCAUCAAGAUCACCAAUGCAAAUGCCAGACUGCGCAGUGAGGAAAAUGAGUAAACUGGCUCCUUAUGCAAGUUGGUGCAUAAUAAAACUUCCAAACCACUGCC